AUGGUUGUAAAACUUGGAAAAGAUGACCCCAGAAGGAUUACUCACUCCCUUAAGUUCGGAUUCGCACUGGUAUUAAUCUCUAUUUUGCAGUAUUUUCGUCCCUCCUUCUAUGUUCUUGGUGACAACAUAAUAUGGGCCGUUAUCACUGUGAUAUUAGUCCUAGAAUUUUCAGUGGGUGCAACACUCGGAAAAGGUUUAAACAGGGUGUUGGCAACGACAUUUGCUGGUGGUCUUGCUGUUGCACUCCGCGAAAUAGCGAGUUUUUUUGGAGAUAAGGGAAAGCUCGUAAUGAUUACGGUGUCUGAUCUUCACAAUCAAAUUGCUUCCAAUGUUGUAAAGAUCGCCGACUUUUUGGAAGGAUUUAGAGAUGAAUACUUCAACAAUUUAGGGAAGACAGCAGAAGCUGAGGAUGAUAAGUCAUUUCUCCACAGAUAUGAAAGUAUCCUCUCUUCAAAAACUAAUGAAGAAACAAUGGCUGUUUUGGCAAGAUGGGAACCUCGUCAUGGAAGGUUCAGAUUUCGCCAUCCAUGGAAGCAAUACCUGAAGAUCGGAAACCAAAUUCGGUUGUGUGCUUACAAAAUUAAAGCUCUCAGUGUCUUCCUCUCCCGUUCUGAUCAAACCCCAUAUGAAAUUAGAAGCGGGAUCGAAGAACCAUGUGCAAACAUCAUAAUGGAAUCUGGGAAGGCUCUUAAGGAAUCAUCAUUGAUGCUUAAACAGUUUGCAAAGGCAGGAAUGCCAAAUCCCCAUGUGGCAAAUGCUAAAAAUGCUGCUGAAUCUCUUAAAUCAGUUCUGAGAAGAAACCCGUGGGAAGGAGCUGAUCAUCUGCAGAUAAUACCAGCCGCUACAGUGGCAUCACUUCUAAUUGAUAUAGUUUUCUGUGUUGAGAAAAUUUGUGAAGCUGUUGAGGAACUUGCAAACCUUGCAAAUUUUGAGCUCUCUGAGGUACUCCAUCGAGGAACAGUUCAACCUAUUCCUGAUACUGAUGCUGCGGUUCAUGUCAUCACCAUUGCUGAAUGA